GUUUUAUGUCAAAAGACAACUUUACACCAGUUAGAAAUGCUAUAAAAUAUUUAAAAGUAACAUUUUGAUUUAUUUUAUAGUUUUCUGCAAAAUGGAAAAAGUAAUAUUUCUAAAAAGUUUAAGAACAUAAAUGUUAUUUUACUGUUAAACAUAUAUUUUCCAAAAUUAACGUUUUUUUUUUCUCUGCUCAUCUGGUUGUCGGUCAACUUGUUCACAGGCAUGGUUGAGAAAUUUGGUUCGUAACUAAAUGGUGUCGGGUUCAAUCCUGGAGUUAAUCAAAGCUUUGUGAAUUAAAUUUAGUAGACAGAAGUCCCGAGGAAGCUUGUAAGGGAUCCGUUCCUGUUUUGAUUUAGUGUUGUGUAGAAAGCAAGAGAGCUGGAAGAAUGACGCUAGAUCUGCAUACUGUGAAAGAAGACUUUGCUGUUAUGGUCCAAAAGGUGCAACCAUGGACAUUAUCACAGUUUGUAAUGUGGUUAGAUUUGAAAGUUGCUGAAUAUAAAGUCCAUGGCUACAUGAUUUUGGAUUAUGAGGACCGGUUAAACAAGCUUUUUCCUGCUGAACUCAAGAAACACCCUUGCAGAAAUGCUUCAACAUCUAAGCAAUCGGAUAUAAAUACAGCAAAAGCACAUUUAAGAACUGCUCCAUCGAUGAUUUCUCCUCAGAGUUCUGUCAUCACUUUAGACAGUGACAGUCCUCCCACUACCGUUUCUUCACAAAGUGGAUUCUCUCGAACAUGUAACACAAACUGUGAAUUAGAUUCUGAAGUCACACAUGUUCAGUUACCCAACCAACAAACCAAUCAUAUUUUCACCCGGAAUUCUCAAAUUAUUGAUCUGGAAAGUCCAGCUAGUCCUCCUAGCAGCUAUAAUUAUUCUAGAAACGUAUCAAAACCAUCUCAGUAUUUAGAUCAUGAAAGUCAACCUAAACUCGUUAACAACAAUCAGAAAAUUGGUUUGGUACAUUCACGUAACAUCACAUCAAAUCAAUCCCAAACAAACAAUAAUGAAAAUAAUUUUUCAGCAAGUGAUCAUCAUCAUCAUCAUCAUCAUCAAAAACCACUAUUACAAGGAUGUGUUGGCAGUGAAGCUGGCGGGCGAGGUAUCAUAAAUAUAUCUUCUCAGAACGUUGACGGCCGACAUGAGAAUCAAGCUAACACCAAUACUUGUCUCACGAGGGAUGAAUCACAAAUGGAAUUAUUAAUGGAUGUUGUCAUUGAUGAAGACUAUUCAACAGACAACUGGAACACCAGUUCUUCCACUACAGUUCAGGAUAACACUUCACAUAACUUUCAAAGCAAUAAAGAUAAACACUUACCUUUUUUGUCAGUACCUGCUAAAAGAGGUAACUUUUCAAAUUCUAACCAGGUUGUUAAUAAUAAUAAUAACAAUAAUAAUAAUAAUAACAACAAUAACAAUAAUAGUAAUAACAGUGAUAUAAUUAAAUUGGAUUUGGAAAAUAUAGAAUCUGCUAAUAAUGUGCCUGUUACAGAUAUUAAAAUUGAAGAUGUGAAGCAUUGUCUUGAUGAAGAAAAGUUCUCCCUAUUAACUGACAGUGCUAACAACCCUAACGAUGUGAUACACGCAAACGAAUAUUCUGAUUCUGACAUGGAAGGUGAAAACAGCCAGAGUUCACAACAUGAUACUGUAAAUGCUGAACGCCCAUGGAGUGCUGAAGAAUUGAAAGAAUUUUCAAAUGCUGUAAUAUCUCGGCGCAGAUAUAUUGGAAACCGGUUCAAACCAAACAUUUCCUUACCUGUAUUCAGUGGCUAUUUACAGAACAUGCUAGAAACUGGGAAAGCUCAGUUUGUGUGGUCAAAGUUAGUUGAACAAUGUGCAUAUCAUAUUUUAGCGCAAAAAGACAUUCGUGAAAAACACGACUAUCGGGAAUUUUGCCAUGCUUUAUAUCAACAGUAUCCCAGUAUUGGAUUAGAAGGUCCCCAACCAUGGUCUCAUUUCUCCAAAACAUUAUCUCAGAAAAUUCGACACAUUCGAUGGCAGUUGAAAAAACGUUCAACAUUAGAUGUACAGAAAAACACAGUCUCUGGGAUGAAUGACCCUGUGCGACCACCAAGUCCCACAAUUCCUGGAUUAAAUAUCCCAACAAACACAUUGAUUGGAACCAAUAACACAGUAGUCAACACAGCCACUACGUUAACUGAGAGUUCUGACAUUCCAGUAUCAUCUCUGCAAGUGGUAUGAUGAGUUUUUUUUUUU